CUUAACUUUUGGGCUAUACAACAUGACCAGAUUUAGCCCAUCACCCACUCAUUCCGCCCUUAAACAUACCAAUUGUCUCGUAUUGCAUUUGCAUUCGCAUUCGCCGAAGAAGUUCCUCGACCCUCAAAAAAGGAAAAACCCUUGCGUUAGACCCUGGUUUUGUUCGAUUUAUUGUUUGCUGUUUGUAGAUCCAGCGGUUUAGUAUGAGGUAUAGUGUAUAUAUUGACUAGUCGACCAAUGGAGGAAGAUGCCCCAGGCAAGAACGAAGAGGAGGAGUUUAAUACUGGUCCUCUUUCUGUGCUUAUGAUGAGUGUCAAGAAUAACACACAGGUCCUUAUUAAUUGCCGAAAUAACAGGAAAUUGCUUGGGCGUGUGAGAGCUUUUGAUCGUCAUUGCAAUAUGGUACUUGAAAAUGUCAGGGAGAUGUGGACUGAGGUACCAAAGACUGGGAAAGGGAAGAAAAAGGCCCAGCCAGUAAAUAAGGAUAGGUUUAUCAGCAAGAUGUUCCUCCGAGGAGACUCGGUUAUCAUUGUCCUCAGGAAUCCCAAAUAAAAUUGCAGCUCCCGACGUACCUUUGAUAGUUCUGCGCUGUGGGUUAAUCUGAGUAGUAGAAGUAUUACCUAAGUGAAAGUUUUGUUCUCGAAAGUAUAACUUUGCUGCGGCUUUACAUAAAGUAUGCCUGAGUUACUUUUGAUCAAAGGCUAGAAAUUUAAGUCUUGUGAAAUCUGCAUCUAUGUUGCUAUCCUGGUCACAUGCGAUGUUCCAAUUUUGCUUGGUUUUGUAGAAUGCGAACCAUAGUUGACCUUGUCUUUAAAAUGUACUAUUUAUUUUUUGGGUGAAAUUUAGUACUUGUUGGAGCUCUUGGAGGAAGUUAAAAGUUCUCGAGUUCAAACAAACACAAUGUUCUCAUUUCGUAUCCUUCAAUGUAGCAAAUUCCUUGGAAUCGACA